AUGUUGUCAGCAUCUUCCCCUAUCAAUUUUCCCCAUUCUCCUCCGACGGCGAAACGUUCUAAACCCCACGAUCAUGGCCCUCCUAAACCCAAACCUCAAGGCCCAUUCCUUAUUGAGGACGACGACUCCGAUUCCGACGAUAGCGAAGAGCCUGCAGACUCUACUCGUACAACAAAACGCCUAAGGACCGAAGAUCCACGAGGAGAGUCUUCGAACACAACAGAGCAAGAUGAGUGCACAGUUGUUGACCUUGUCGAUUCUGAGCCAAACAACAUCACUCCCGACAUACAAAUUCAAGAGCCUGUUCGCCUCAGCCAUAGACCAAUUUUUUCAAGUUCCGUUUUUGGCAGCUUUGCACCACAGACUCUAACAGCAAAAACUUGCAACGGCAAAACCAAGACAAUUAAGGAACGUAAGAUAGCCUCCGCACCCACAUAUGAGGCAAUGGUUGCAGCUCGAUCAAAAACAAAAGAGGGACGAGCGAAGCGAAGCUAUUACGGUAUUGACAUUCACGAAUUGAUGAGUGCUGCAUCUGCCGAGAUCAAAAAUAAAGAGAAAGCCCCAAAAGAGCACAAAGUCCCAGUACAGUCGAUCGAGCCCCAGGUCCCCGGAGGUACAAGGCCUAAGCGAACUCUGUUAUGGACAGAAAAGUACAGAGCUCGCAACUUCAUGGAUUUGUGUGGUGAUGAUGCUACCAACCGGUUGGUUUUGCGAUGGUUAAAGAAGUGGGAUCCUGUGGUAUUCCCGGGAGAAUCAAAGUCGCAACCGACAGUUGCAAGACGACCGGGUGCAAAACAGCAAGAAGAGGAGGAGAGGCCUCACAGGAAGAUUCUUAUGCUCACAGGGCCACCGGGAUUAGGAAAGACCACCUUGGCACAUGUCUGUGCUAGACAAGCAGGGUACGAUAUCAUGGAGAUCAACGCCAGUGACGACCGAAGUCGUGAUGUGGUCAAGAACCGUAUUCGUACAAGCUUGGGAACAGAAAGCGUCAAGACAGUCAGCAAUCGUAAAGAUGGUGAUGGGCCGCCAAAAUUGGCGAAACCAGCUUGCGUUAUUGUAGACGAAGUGGAUGGUGUAGUCUCAGGCUCAGGGGGUUCAGGUGAAGGUGGCUUUGUUAAGGCACUGAUAGAUCUGGUACUUUUGGACCAAAAGAAUGACCCAGGCAAUGCAUCUUCUAAUAAUUACGGAAACAAGAAAAAAAAGAAGGGCGACGACUUCAGACUCUUACGCCCACUGAUUCUUAUUUGCAACGACGUAUAUGCCCCGGCACUUCGACCACUGCGGCAGUCAAACUUGGCAGAAAUCAUUCAUGUUGGCAAGCCCACCAUGGAAUCGGUUGUUGCACGACUAAAAGCAGUCUUUGAGAAAGAAGGCAUUCCUUGCGACAAAGACGCUGCUCGAAAGCUGUGUGAAGCAGCUUGGGGCAUGACAAGCGGUAUCGAUGCAAAACGGGGAGCUGAAAGCACAGUGGAGGGUGAUCUUCGUGGUGUUAUGGUAGUUGGCGAAUGGGUCGCUGGGCGUUUAAGAGCAUCAGCAUUGAAUGGUACAGCCCGCCUGACUCGACAAUGGCUGGAGCACAAUGUACUAAAGGAUCUUACCAGUGGAGCCGGCGGUGCUCGCGGUCUGGGUCGCGGCAGUGUCAAAGACAUCGUCUCCAGACUUUUCCAGGAGGGAGGUGGCUUUCCGAAGCGAGCCAUGGACUUUUCGCAAUCGAAAACACAGCAUGAACAGCCGCAAGCCGAACUUGGAUUUGGAGAGUUCCAGAAGAAACAUGCCAUGGAAAGACUGCAACAAAUGAUCGACACAAGCGGCGAAAUCAGCCAUAUCAUGACUGGGGUGUUUGCCGAAUAUCCCAAUCGUGACUACAACGAUGAUCUCUACCUCACCAAACCCAAUCAAGCAUACGAAUGGAUGCACUUCCACGAUACAUGCCAAUCUCGUCUAUAUGCCAGUCAAGAAUGGGAGCUAGCGCAAUAUCUCAGCCAACCUGUACUAGCAUGUCACCAUUUGUUCGCAUCUCCUAAACGAUAUAUUCCCAGUAUGGGCUACGAUCGACGUUGGGGUGGUGAUGCGGAAGACGAUGGUCCUCCGUUACCUUUUUCUGGUCCUCGCGCCGACUACCAAGCUCAUGAAGCGGAACGUCAAAACAGGGCUCAACUUCAGGCAAUACAGGCUCAGCUCCCACCCACGCUGAUGCGUUCGUUCCGGAGUGCUGAAGAGGUCUCUGCAGAAUUUCUACCGUACUUGGCGCGCAUCGUGUCUCCGGAUGUCAAGCCUGUAGUUGUGGGUGGAAGUCAAGGUUCCAUAGCCAGUGUGCGCAAAGACACCGAGCGUGCUAUGGUCAAGCGCGCCGCUGAAGUCCUUGCUGAAGUUGGUAUUGAAUUGCAGAAGGGAAGGAUUGAGAGUGAUUCGCCGGUAAAUCGAACACCGCAAUACGUGUACCGCAUGGAGCCGGACCUCGAUGUGUUGGCCACAUUCGAGACAGGUGCAGCACUGCUUCUGCCCUCUGCAGCACCAACACGCUAUGCUGUUCGCCAAGUCCUCGACCAGGAAUUGAAGCGGACGCUGAUAGAGCGAGAGGCUCUUGCUCGGCAAGCUCGCUUUCAAGCUGGCAACCCUCUUGGACACGUUGAGAUGAUGAAUACGGACAAACUUAUGAAUGAGAAGAAGCUUGCGCUCGCAGCUAAAGAGGAUGCUACGCUCAUUAAGCGCGAUUUCUUUGGCCGGAUCAUCGAGGUGCGGCCACUUGCUGAAAUCACUGGAAAUACCCCGCAACAAAAAGCGAAGGAAGAUGAAAAGGAGCGUAAGGUGUGGGUGACAUAUCAUGAAGGGUUGAAUAAUGCUGUGAGGAAGCCAAUGUCCCUGCAAGAGUUCUCUAGAGGUCUAUGA